ACUAUUUAACAAAAAAAAACUUAGUACGCUUCGGAGUUUUUCCUCUCCUUUUUUUUAAAAAAAAAAUUGGAAGUUUUUCUAUAGUCAACUAGGAUCAGAUUAUGCAUUCAAAAAUACAUUCUUUUGAAUCGAAGCCCACCUAUGGGUAUGUCAUUGUGACUGUCUGAGUACGUGACUUGUUUCCGAAUUCUUAUCUUAGAGCAUCCGUUUCUGAAUUCUGGCUACGGGUGACGGGUGAACUAUUCGAACGCGCGAUCAAAUGACGCCGCCCCAAGCCGCGACCCCUAUUGCCGUCCUCUCCCGCUUCCUCUCGUCGCCGUCUCCCUCGCCGGUGCCCGAGCUACUUCGCGUCCACGCGCUCGCCGUCACCUCGGGCCUCUCCCAACGCCCCGACAUCGUCGCAAAGCUCGUCUCCGCCUACUCCUCCGCGGGGCGCCCCGGGCUCGCGGCGCUCGCCUUCUCGGCUUGCCCCCGCCCCGACGCAUUCCUCUGGAACUCCCUCAUCCGCACCCACCACUGCGCCUCAGACUUCGUGGCCGCGCUCAACGCCCACCGCCGCAUGCUCGCCUCUUCCGCGCGGCCUUCCCCCUUCACCGUGCCGCUCGCCGCCUCCGCUGCCGCCGAGCUCGGCGCGCUCGGCGUCGGCGCCUCCGUGCACGCGUACUGCGUCAGAUACGGCCUCCUCGCCGUCGAUGGCGGCUCCGUCGCAGUCCCAUCGUCUCUGGUGUACAUGUACGCUAGGUGCGGUGUCGUCAGAGACGCCGUGAAGCUGUUCGAGGAAAUGCGCGAGAGGGAUGUGGUUGCGUGGACCGCGGUGGUAUCCGGGUGCGUGCGAAACGGGGAGUGUGGAGAUGGUUUGCGCUAUCUGGUAGAGAUGGUCAGGCUUGCGGGUGAUGGCAAGGCGAGACCGAACUCACGGACGAUGGAGAGUGGCUUGGAGGCGUGCGGGGUGCUAGAUGAGCUGAAUUCUGGUAGAUGCUUGCAUGGGUAUGCAGUGAAGGUUGGGGUUGGCGAUUCCCCCAUGGUAAUUUCUGCCCUCUUCUCUAUGUACUCGAAGUGUCACAGCACUGAGGAUGCAUGCUCUUUAUUCCCAGAGUUGCCAGAGAAAGACGUGGUUUCCUGGACAAGUUUGAUUGGAAUAUACUGCUGGAGAGGGCUUAUCAGGGAGGCUAUGGAGUUGUUCCAGGAGAUGAUGGAGUCAGGUCUGCAGCCAGAUGAUGUUCUGGUUAGUUGUCUGCUCUCUGGGUUGGGUAACAGUGGUAAUGUACACGGAGGGAAGGCAUUUCAUGCGGUUAUAAUGAAGAGAAACUUUGGAGAUAAUGUUUUGGUUGGAAAUGCUUUGAUAUCAAUGUAUGGAAAAUUUGAAUUGGUGGACAAUGCAGGCAGAGUUUUUAGAUUGUUACAUCAACGAGAUGCGGAUUCAUGGAACUUGAUGAUUGUAGGAUAUUGCAAAGCUGGAUGUGAUGUCAAAUGCUUGGAGCUGUAUCGUGAGAUGCAGUUCAGAGAUACAUAUGAAUUCCUGUGUGAUGCCAACAGCUUGGUUUCUGCAAUCUCUUCUUGCUCACGGCUAGUGGAACUAAGACUAGGUCGAUCAGCACACUGUUAUUCAAUCAAGCACUGGCUUGAUGAGGAUUCAUCAGUUGCAAAUGUUUUAAUAGGCAUGUAUGGGAGGUGCGGAAAGUUUGAUCAUGCAUGCAAAAUAUUUGGCCUGGCCAAACUGAAGGGGGAUGUUGUCACAUGGAAUACACUGAUAUCUAGCUAUGCUCAUCUGGGACAUUCAAAUACUGCGGUGUCGCUGUAUGAUCAAAUGCUCACUGAAGGCUUGACACCCAACUCAACAACCUUGAUCACUGUCAUUUCAGCUUGUGCAAACUUGGUUGCGUUGGAACGUGGAGAGAAGAUACAUUCUUACGUUAAAGAAAUGGGGUGGGACUAUGAUGUAUCUAUCAACACAGCACUUAUUGACAUGUAUGCUAAAUGUGGGCAGCUUGGAACUGCAAGAAGGAUUUUUGAUUCUAUGCUUCAACAUGAUGUUGUUGCAUGGAAUGUUAUGAUAUCAGGGUACGGGAUGCAUGGAGAAGCAAAACAAGCAUUAGAAUUAUUUGGUAAGAUGGAAGGAGGAAGUAUUAAGCCUAAUGGUGUCACCUUUCUUGCUAUUCUAUCUGCUUGCUGCCAUUCAGGGCUUCUUGAGGAGGGCAGGCAGCUGUUCACAAGAAUGGGAAAAUACUCACUUGAGCCUAACCUGAAGCAUUACGCCUGCAUGGUGGAUCUUCUAGGGAAAUCUGGGCAUCUCCAAGAAGCAGAAGAUAUGGUUUUAGCCAUGCCAGUAGAACCUGAUGGCGGGAUAUGGGGAACUUUGCUUAGUGCCUGCAAAUUGCAUGAUGACUUUGAGAUGGGUUUAAGGAUUGCAAAAAAGGCAUUUGCUUCUGACGCAGAAAAUGAGGGAUAUUACAUUUUAAUAUCUAAUUCUUAUGGCAGUGCUAAAAAAUGGGAUGAGAUAGAGAAACUUAGGGAAGCGAUGAAGAAUCAUGGAGUUCAAAAAGGUGCAGGUUGGAGUGCAGUUGAUUAUUGUGGGUGACAUCAAUUUCAGUUAUGCUCCUUCCUUACUCAUAAUUACAUUCUUUUGCAAAAACAGAUAGUGGUCUCGUAGACAGAAGUACAAAUUUGCUGAUGAAUGAAACUAUUUGUUUGUUAGCACUAAUCUUAGGUAAAUGCUUGGAAGAUUUGGGCAUAUGGAUUAUUUGAAUGGCAUGAAGUAAGAUUGUCUCGGAAGCAAUAUAUGUGAAUGAUUACAUCAUAGAAGUUAUAAGGCCAUAAAACAGGUGACCGUGCUGCUUUUGGAGAACACACAAGAUGCUAAUUUAAAUAGAUGUGGAAAUCACUCGGUUAAAGUUGUGACUCUGCACAUAAUAGACCUGUGCGCCAGGCUGGCAUAUAUAGCAGAUGCAUCGCUUGUAGAUUUCGCAAUGAUUCUGGCUGAAGAAGCACGACUGGUCGAUAUUAUUUGGCCAUGAUAAUAGUGUCAGUGUCACUAUUGCAGUUUGCUGUAAGAAGUACUGAUCGCUACAUUUUUUGCCAUGAUUAUGGUGCUAGUGUUAUCUUGCUACAGUUGACAGUUGUCAGUUGCAAAAGAAUGACACAUCUGAAAUUGUACCCGACUGCUUAUGAUAAGAUUAGACAUGGUGGUGUGAUGGAGCAAACACUUCUCCAGAGUCCUUGUGAGUCAUGACAAAACACAAAGGAGCGCAUGCAAAUGCUAGGGAACAUAAAGGAAGUCAGAACCCACGACAGUAGUAUCACAAUCAUCAUCUCUGAUUUCUUAAGCAUUCGUCCACGCGUUCCUGCAUUCCUGACGAUCAACUAGCAUCAUUCAUGAUUGAUCUUCUGUAGCUGCUGGUUUGGUUCUUCACCACUUGAUUCUGUUGCAUCAAUUUAUUGGGCGAUCAUUGAACGGAAAAAUCUUAAUGGGUGAUACUCUCCUCUUUCUCC